AUGCAUUGCAAAAUGCCUUGGAGGAUUGGAAUGGUAUUCUCUCAUGCCAUCUUCCUCCAGAUCCUCGAUUACAAAUAUUAAAAACUGUUCCCAUUUUUUUUUCAACCCCUGUAAGUUCCUCUCCCAUCAAAGAUGCCCUCACUGUGUUCACAGAUGGCUCAAAAUCCAUAGGUGCCUGUGUAUGGCAGGAAAGAGGACAGGACAAUUGGCAGACUCGUACUACUUCAGCUCAGUCUUCUGCCCAACAAGCAGAAUUGUCUGCCUUCAAUCUUGCUCUUUCAAUGUUUCCCAAUCAGCCCCUUAAUAUUAUCACAGAUAGUUUGUAUGUUUCACAUUUGAUCUCCUGUAUAUACGAUGCUUACAUUUCUCCCUCAACCCCUGUCCCUUUAAUGAGAUUUUUUUUACAGCUCCAGGAAUUGUUACAUCUCCGUGCUUAUCCGCUGUUUGUAGCACAUAUUAGAAGUCAUCAACAUCUUCCUGGAUUUUUAUCAGAAGGAAAUCAUAUGGCAGAUGAGGCAUGUAAAACCAACCCGUCCUCCUGUCUGUAUACCUUAACAGCAGGAGAAAGCCAUGACUAUUUUCAUCAGAACAAAAAGGCUCUUGUCAAGCAGUUUGGUAUUACCCAUCAAGAAGCCACUGCCAUAAUUCAGCAAUGUCCAACAUGCAGUCUACAGUCAUUUGCAGUCCCACAAGGGGUCAACCCCAGGGGUACUAGUGCUUGUGAGACAUGGCAAAUGGAUGUAACUCAAUAUCCAUCCUUUAACCCUUGGAAAUACAUUCAUGUUUGCAUUGAUACAUAUUCAGGUUUCAUCAUGGCAACCUUGCAAAGGGGUGAAACCGCAAAACAAGUAAUUAAUCAUUGUAUUCGGACUUUCGUAACGUUGGGAUGUCCAAAAACUCUAAAAACUGACAAUGGACCAGCCUAUACGAGCUCUGCCUUUGCACAAUUUUGCCAUCGCUGGUCAAUAAUCCAUAAAUUCGGCAUUCCUUUCAAUAGCCAGGGCCAGGCCAUUAUAGAGAGAGCGAAUUUGACUCUUAAACAGGCCUUGGACAGACACUUGGGGUCAAAAGGCAUCAGCCCCCCGACACUCCCGGCGUUGCAAAAUGUAUUAAAUGUUUGCUUGUAUUCAUUGAAUUUUCUUAAUCUAACUGGAUCUCCUGCCUCCACUGCUGCCUCGAGACAUUUUUCCGCUCCUCCCCUCCCCUCUUCUCGUCCUCUGGUAUAUUAUAGGCAUCUUCCGGAUCCAGCUUGGAAAGGUCCAGCUCAAUUGAUUACCUGGGGAAAAGGCUACGCUGCAGUUCAAUUGCCUGAUCGAGUCCUGUGGGUUCCGGCUCGCUGUGUCCGCCCCUGUCAUCUCAAUCAACCAAAAAAGAAAAAUGAAAAUCCUUCUGAUCAUAUCCCUGAUCUCUCUUGCCUCUUCUGUCUCUAAUGCCUCUUCCUCUCUUCCUAAAUGUACUUUCCUUGAACGUUUAAGUGCUUAUAUAAGAGUUCCUCAUUGUAGAGUACAAACCCCUCUUGGGGGUCGUGCGGAACUUGUUUGCAGACAACGCCAUCCCUUGCUGCAUCCAGCUCAGUGGACAUGGCUAAAGAAUGGAUAUCCAAUCCAUCCCUCUAACAAUACUUACAUUAUAUCUUCUCCCUGUUCCACUUCUCUGUUAAUUUUUAACAUCUCAUCUGAAGACUACAGCACUUAUGUAUGCUCCCUGUUUUUCCCAAAGCAAGAAAGAUCUUUUGACAUGAAAAUUUCCCUUCUCUCUGCUACCCAUUUUUCCCCUGGUGUAUUUCGCUCCUUGCCCUCUUCCCACGUUUUUACCCCUGCAGCUCUCCGUUCGCAGCGCUCCUUAUCCGGAGCACAGCAGAACCUGCAUCGUCCCGCGAAUUAUACUUGGACUAUUUUGGACUUCCAAGGAAGCGUCCUUCAUUCCAUCUCCAAUCGAACUUUGUGGCCUUGGUUUCCUGCACUCUACUUUGACUUUGCUGAAAUGCUGGUCGGCGCCCAUGGAUUUAAACAUAAAACAAAAUGUGAUCCUUCCCCUCGGGACGUCUGGGCAAUUGGUCCAGGCCUGUAUAUCUGCCCAGGACAUCUUACUGAUCUCUCCCACCUAGAUGAAUGUGGGACCAUCUCUGAUUGGUACUGCAAGUCCUGGCAAUGUGUGUCAACCGGAAAGAUUUGGUGGACUGCUCCCUAUACUACUGACUAUAUCAAAGCUAUACUAGGCCCUGAUAACAAUUUGCCUUGGAAUUCCUGCUCCAAUUGGGCCUGCUGCGGCGUUCGCCUCAAUCCUAUGACUGUUACUUUUACAUCUCAUGGAAGGAGUCUUCCGAUUACUGAAUGGCUUAAAGGGAAAAGAUGGGGGGGAAGGUCGAACGAUAAUUCCGACUACAGACAUCCAGGAAAUAUAUUCAUAAUUCGUCUUACCAUGUCCUUAGAAACAUCCCCACCAGUGGGCCCAAACAAACAAGUCAAUUCGCCCUUUUUACAGCCCUUGAUUAAAAGCAACAAUCCAUUGGUGUCCCUGGUCUCCUCUGCGCAUGAUGCCCUUGUGGCAGCCCGUACUUUUCCUAACAAUGAUAGUAGAUGUUGGCUGUGUCUGUCUUCUCAACCCCCUUUUUAUGAGGCCAUAGGUUCCGCCUUACCUUUUGCCAAUAGCACCUCAGAUACUGGUUGCAGGUGGUCUAACUCUUCUAUAACGGUAUCCUCAAUUGAAGGUCAAGGUUGUUGCCUUGGGUAUGUACCCUCUAACUUUUCUCACUAUUGUAUCAAUGCCUCCUCGGAUGCCUAUACUUCCUGCACAAUAUACUUGUCCAAAGAAAGGCUAGGACUUGACACUGGAGGGUGGACUAUAAUACACACUACUCUAUCAACUGCAGAUCUUUCCAAACGUUUAAACGGUCAGUUUUUUAUUCCUUCCAAUGGCUCUAUUUGGGCCUGCUCUACGGGUGCUACUGCAUGUGUCAGUGGAGACAUUUUACACACAAAACACGCUUUUUGCAUUCAGGUUUAUCUUCUCCCUAAAAUGUCUGUUUUUUCCAAUAAUGAGUUCUUUUCUCGCAUGGAAACACCCCAAUACCUUCCACGAACUAAACGGGAGGUGGUUACUACUAUGACUUUGGCCCUUCUUCUGGGCCUAGGAGCCACUGGUGCUGCAACUGGAAUCGCAGGAAUGGUUGUGGCUGACAAAAACAUCCGCAGGCUCAGUAUUGAAAUAGAUGCUGAUCUCAAACGCAUUGAGCAAUCUAUGGUUGCCCUCCAAAAUUCCCUGACCUCUCUCUCCGAAGUUGUGUUACAGAAUAGAAGGGGUUUGGACUUGUUGUUCUUAAAACAGGGCGGUCUGUGUGUAGCUUUGAAAGAAGAAUGUUGCUUUUACACUGAAAGUUCUGGUGUUGUGCUUGACUCUAUGGCAGAAUUAAAUACCCGAUUGAAAGAUAGAGAAAAAGAGCGUUCUCAAUCCCACACGUGGUAUCAGGGAAUGUUUAAUCUCUCUCCCUGGUUGACCACCCUCCUCUCUGCCCUAGCCGGUCCUCUGAUUUUGUUGCUCCUUGCAUGUACAAUUGGCCCAUGUGUCAUGGGGAGAGUUCUAGCAUUCUUGAAACAACGACUAAACAGUAUUGGAGAUGAUGUCCUCUUGCUAAAGCACACUGUUGAAAAUGAAUAUAAACAACCUCUUUUAGAAUUAGCCUCUGAGACUGAUGAAGACUCUGAAUCGGGAACCAUUCCUUUGGAAAAGUGUACUGGCUCCCUGCGGGCUCUCCCGGAGGGGGGAUCCACUGGGGAUGUCAUAGCUUUAGAAGAAUAUUACCCAUCUUAAAAAAUAAAAACAGAGGACAUAUGGAUAUAUCAUUUACCCAUCUUAAAAAAUAAAAACAGAGGACAUAUGGAUAUAUCAUUGGUUCAGGUUUUCUUAGGCCUCACAGCCGGGAGAACUUGACUUGACCUUUUUCGGUGCUACAUGACAGACAUGAUUUAUAGUACCCAUAGUUUUGCUUUCCCUGAGUUAGGUUUCUAUUCCGCUGAACUUUCCCUGCUUUCCCUGAGUUAGGUUUCUAUUCAGGUAAAAUGUAUGAUUUCCUGAAAACCACGUGGUAUUUUGCUAAUACGUAUACUCUAAACGCUC